UUUUUGUCUUUCAUCUUUAUCUCCUUUCAAAUAAUUUAAUUAAAAUUACCAAUCAAUACUACAAAUGUCCUCCAUCUGUUUGACCCUCUCUUGUUUUGAUAUCUGAGUUCUCUUUUCCUUUUCGUUUUUUCCUUCUAUUCUGUCUGAUUCCAAAUCUUUUUCCUUGUGCUUGAGAAUGGCAGAAGCUGCUGUGAAUGCUGUUAUAGAAGUUGGAAAGUGCUUAAUUGGUCUGAUCGGGCGUCAGUUUAUGUACUUGUACAACUACAAAACCAACUUUGACAAACUUGAAAAAGAAGCUGGAAGGCUGAAGGAUGCAAGAGAUGAGGUGAAGGCUAAGGUUGUUGAUGCUGAAAAUAAUGUGAAAAAGAUCAAACGGACUGUUAAGAACUGGCAGAGGCAUGUGGAUUCCAUCCUUGAAGAAACAGACAAGCUGAUUCAGGAGAAAUCAAACGGCAGUUGUUUCAACUUGAUCACUUGCUACAAAAAUGGCAGGAAAGCAUGGAAAAAGCUGAACGCUAUAACUGAACUUCUUCAGGAAAAAGAAACAUUUGCGGGAGUUUCUCUUUCUACCGCUCACGAAGUCAUUCGGCUCACUAACAAAGAUUAUGAGGAAUUUGAAUCAAGAAGGUCAAUUUUCAACGGUGUACUUAAGGCAUUAGAUGAUCCUGAGGUGGGAGUUAUUGGGGUUUAUGGGAUGGGCGGAAUUGGUAAAACCACACUGGUCAAAGAAGUUGGUCAACAAGCCAAGAAAAACCCGAAAUUGAAUGAGGUGGUUUUCGUAGAGGUAUCUGAUAAACCAGAUACUAAAAAGAUUCAAGAUGAACUUGCGUAUCAGUUAGGUGUGACAUUUCAUACGGAGGCUGAACGAGCGAGCAAGUUGUGUGCGAGACUGAAGAAAGAUACGAACGUGCUUGUAAUUUUAGAUAAUAUAUGGGAACAAUUAGAUUUGGAGGCUCUCGGUAUUCCUUGUGGAGAUGACCGUGGGGGAUGUAAAUUAUUGCUGACAGCAAGAGAUCUUAAUGUAUUAUCUAGUAUGGAUUCUAAGAAUAAUUUCUUGAUGGGCGUCUUAAGCGAAGAAGAAGCUUGGAGCUUGUUUAAGAAGAUGGCAGGUGAUAUUGUUGAUCAAAGAAAUAAGCUGGGUUCUCUGCCGAAUGAAGUAUGCAAUGAAUGUCAGGGUUUGCCAAUUGUUAUUACUACCAUAGCGAGAGCAUUAAGAAACAAGCAAAGUUGCUCUGAAUGGAGAGCUGCCAGGCGAAAACUAAGAGAGCCUUCUCCAACAGAGUUUGCAGUUGUGCUAGGAAAUGGAUAUUCAAAGAUUGAGUUGAGUUACAAUUAUCUAAAAAGCAACGAGCUCAAGAAAACUUUGCUAAUUUGUAGCCUAAUGAAAAAUGAUACUACCAUUUCAUACUUGUUCAAACUCAUUAUGGGCUUAGAUAAAUUGAAUGGAGCUAACCUUUCUAUGGAACAAGCACGAGAUGAGGUAGCAAGUCUUGUUGGUGAACUCAAGUAUUCUUGUUUGUUGCUUGAUGGUUCAACCAGUGAACGGUUUUCCAUGCAUGAUGUUGUUCGUUCAAUUGCCAUAAUAAUUGCAUAUAAAGAUCAUGUAUUUACAGAGCGAAAUGACUUUGGGAGGGAAUGGUCAAAUGAAAAACAAUUGAAAAAAUGCACUAUGAUCUCACUAGCUGAUUGUCAUAUGAUUAGUGGGAUUUUGCCUUUGAAUUGUCCAGAACUUGAAUUUUUCAGUUCAAGGAUGGACAAUCCUUUUGAAAUCCAUGAAGAUUUUUUUGUGGGGAUGGGAAUUCUCAAGGUUCUAAGUUUCUUAAACCUAGAUGUAUUGUCCUUGCCAACAUCUCUUGGUCUUCUCACAAAUCUUCAAACGUUAUGUUUGGAUUAUGGGACAUUUUCAGAUGUAACAAUCAUUGGAGAGUUGAGAAAACUAAAGAUUCUUAGCUUGCAAUGUUGUAAAAUUAAGCAGUUGCCUAAAGAAAUAGGUAACUUGAUUCGGUUACAAUUUUUAGAUUUAAGUUAUUGUGAGCAACUAGAAGUUAUUGUACCAAAUGUUAUGUCAAGCUUAUUGCAAUUGGAAGAAUUGUAUGUGAGAGGAUGUACAAUUUUGCAGAAGGUUGGCAUUCUUAAAGAGUUGAAGGGUUUGUCCAAAUUGACAACUUUAGAAAUAGAAAUUUCAGAUGAUCAAAUUUUGCAAGAAGACUUCUUCUCCAAAAAGUUUGAAAGGUACGAUAUAUCAAUUGGAAAUGGGGCUACUGGUUUUUGUGGGUUCUACAUAUCGGGUGAUGAUUGUAAGUACAUGCAUGUUGAAAGUUGGCAGCUAAUUGAGCAUGCUGAUUUAAGAAUGCGGAAACUGAAUCUUAAUUCUUUCAUCUGGCACAAGGAAUUGCAGUUGUUAUCAAAUGUUGAAUUCUUAUGCGUAGACAAAUUGCAAAGUAUCAAGAAUGAUCUCUCCGAAUUAAGCAAGGAGGGUUUUUCUAAAUUAAAAUAUCUCUAUGUCCAUAAUAAUCCUAACAUUGUGUGCAUUGUUGACUCAACAAAGUGCAUUUCUCAUCAGGUCUUUCCACUCCUGGAGUCUCUGAUUGUUUUCAACUUGAUUAACUUGGAAAAGAUAUGCUAUGGUCUACCCUCAACAGAGUUUUUCUACUGCUUAAAAUUUAUGGAAGUGAACAGUUGUGAUAAGUUGGAAAAUAUCUUCUCAUUUUCCAAUGCUAGCAGAAGCCUUUCACAACUUCAAUUAAUUAAGGUGGAAGAUUGCAAGAAUUUGGCUGAGAUUUUUGCUGUUGAAAGUAAAAAUAGAGCAAGCAAAAAUGAAGUAAUUGAUAAGAUUGAAUUCUGUCAAUUACGCUUCUUGAAGUUGCGUGCACUUCCAAGGAUUGCAAGUUUUUACUCAAAUAUCAAUUCCGAGGAUGUGGAAAUUGAUACUGUCAUACCAUUUUUCGACGAAAAGGUUAUUUUCCCGAGUUUGGAAGCCUUAGAGCUUAAAGCAAUUAAUUUUGAGAAGAUUUGGGAUGACAAACUUCCAACAACCUCUUGUUGUUAUCAGAAUUUGGAAAGAUUGAUUGUCGAUGGUUGUCAAAAGCUAAAAUUUGUAUUUCCGUCAUCUAUAAUCGAAAACUUUAAACAGCUUCAACACCUUGAGAUAAGUUGUUGUAAGGAAUUAAAGGAGAUUGUUGCUAAAGAAGAAACAGAGGGUACUACUACAUUUAUCUUUCCAAGGAUAGUCUUUCUGAAACUCAGAGAAUUGCCCGAGCUUACAACUUUCUACCAUGAUAAACACAACUCAAAUUGGCCCAUGUUAAAGGAGUUGGAGGUGCGUGAUUGUGACAGACUAGACAUAUUUACUUCAGAAUAUAAGGUUGUUGUCCCCAAUUCGGAGGUCUUAGAACUGCGUUCAGUCAAUUGUGAAAUACUCUGGGAUAGUCAACUUGUGGCAACUUCUUCUUGCUAUCAAAACUUGACAAGUUUGAUCUUGAAUGGUUGUAAAAAACUAAAAUGUGUAUUUUUACCAUACAUGGUGAAAAGUUUUGAGCAGCUUGAACACAUUGAGAUAUGCAAUUGUAGUGUUUUGAAGGAGAUUAUUUCAAAAGAAGUGGAAGCAAACAAGACAUUUGUAUUUCCACAAGUAACUUUCCUAAAACUGGAGAAUUUGCCCGAACUUGCAACUUUUUAUCCUGGAGUACACACUUCUGAAUGGCCGAUGUUAAAGAAGUUGGAGGUGUGUAAUUGUGAUAAAAUAAAAAUAUUCACUUCAGAAUAUAUGAGCUUCCCUGAUAAUAAUGAGGGUCAACAUGAUAUUUGGGCGAAACAUUUCCUCUUCUUGGUGGACAAGAUUAACCCCAAUUUGGAGAAAUUAACCCUGAGCAGAGCGGAUGACGUGAUAAAAUUUCUGCAUCAGUUUUCAGAAAACUUGUGUAGAUGUACAAUUGAGAUCAAACAGGAUAAAUCUGCCAACAUUUUGGUUGGCAUCCUUCAGAGAUCGGUUAAGCUGGAAAAACUCAUACUCAGUGAGUGUUCAUAUGAGGAGAUAUUUACAUGUGGAGAGGAUGGGAAACAUAUAAAGAUCUUGAUACAAAUAAAAAGUUUGGAGUUGCGUUUUCUUUCUUAUGCAAAGUACCUUUGGGGAAAAGGCUCCAAACUAGACUCUCUUCUUCAAAAUCUUGAAGUUCUAGAAGUAAAUUAUUGUCCUAGAAUGAUAAAUGUUCUGCCAUCCUCAGCAUCUUUUGAGAAUCUAACAGUUCUGAAUGUAGUUUCGUGUGAGGGAUUGAUGAACUUACUCACACCUGCAAUGGCAAAAAAUUUGGUCCAGUUGAGAGAAAUGAAAAUUGAAAGGUGCAAAUUAAUAACAGAAAUAGUAUCAAAUAAGACAGAAGAUGUAGCAGCAGAAGAUGAAAUUGUUUUUGGCAAACUGAAGUUCUUGUCACUUCACUACUUGCAAGGUCUUAGAUACUUCUACUCUGGGAAUUAUGCAUUGAAAUUCCCGUUUUUGGAAGAAUUAACUGUAGAAGAAUGUCCUAUGAUGAAGACUUUCUCUGUGGGAAACUUAAACACACCAAGUUUACAGAAAGUUCAACGUAAUACGUGGGAUGAAAACAUAUUGGACUGCGAGAGUGACCUAAAUGCAAUUAUACAACGACUGUACGAAGAAGGGAUUCCCAAUUUGAAGGAAUUAACCCUAAGCAGAGCGGAUGACAUGAUAAAAUUGCUGCAUCAGUUUCCAGAAAACCUUUGUAGAUGUACAAUUGAGAUCGAACAGGAUAAAUCUACCAAUAUUUCAGUUGGCAUUCUUCAGGGAUCGGUUAAACUGGAAAAACUCAUACUCAGUGACUGCUCAUAUAUAGAGAUUUUUACAUGUGGAGAGGAUGAGAAACAUACAAAGAUCUUGAUGCACGUAAAAAGUUUGGAGUUGCGUUAUCUUUCUUAUGCAAAGUACCUUUGGGGAAAAGGCUCCAAACUAGACUCUCUUCUUCAAAAUCUUGAGGUUCUAGAAGUAUAUGAUUGUGAUAGAAUGAUAAACGUUCUGCCAUCCUCAGCAUCUUUUGAGAAUCUAACAGUUCUGAAUGUAGUUUCGUGUGAUGGAUUGAUGAACUUACUCACACCUGCAAUAGCAAAAAAUUUGGUCCAGUUGAGAGAAAUGAAAAUUGAAAGUUGCAAAUUAAUAACAGAAAUAGUAUCAAAUAAGACGGAAGAUGUAGCACCAGAAGAUGAAAUUGUUUUUGGCAAACUGAAGUUGUUGUCACUUCGCCGCUUACAAAAUCUCAUAUGCUUCUACUUUGGGAAUUAUGCAUUGAAAUUCCCGUCUUUGGAAGAAUUAACUGUAGAUGACUGUCCUACGAUGAUGACUUUCUCUUUUGGAAACUUAAAUACACAAAGUUUACAGAAAGUUCAACAAGAUUGGUGGGAUAAAGGCAAAUGGAGUUGGGAGGGUGACCUAAAUGCAACCAUACAACGAUUGCAUGAAGAAGAGAAUUUGGAGAACUUAACCCUAAGCAGAGCGGAUGUCAUGGUAAAAUUGCUGCAUCAGUUUCCAGAGAACUUUUGUAGAUGUACAAUUGAGAUUGAACAGGAUAAAUCUGCCAAUAUUUCGGUUGGCAUCCUUCAGAGAUCGGUUAAGCUGGAAAAACUCAUACUCAGUGGCUGUUCAUAUGAGGAGAUAUUUACAUGUGGAGAGGAUGAGAAACAUAUAAAGAUCUUGAUACAAAUAAAAAGUUUGAAGUUGUAUUUUCUUUCUUAUGCAAAGUACCUUUGGGGAAAAGGCUCCAAACUAGACUCUCUUCUUCAAAAUCUUGAAGUUCUAAAAGUAGAUUAUUGUCCUAGAAUGAUAAAUGUUCUGCCAUCCUCAGCAUCUUUUGAGAAUCUAACAAUUCUGAAUGUAGUUUCGUGUGCUGGAUUGAUGAACUUACUCACACUUGCAAUGGCAAAAAAUUUGGUCCAGUUGAGAAAAAUGAAAAUUGAAUAUUGCGAAAUGAUGACAGAAAUAGUAUCAAAUAAGACAGAAGAUGUAGCAGCAGAAGAUGAAAUUGUUUUUGGCAAACUGAAGUUCUUGUCACUUCGCUACUUACGAAGUCUCAUAUGCUUCUACUCUGGGAAUUAUGCAUUGAAAUUCCCGUCUUUGGAAGAAUUAACUGUAGAAGAAUGUACUAUGAUGAAGACUUUCUCUGUAGGAAACUUAAAUACACCAAGUUUACAGAAAGUUCAACAAGAUCGGCAGGACAAAGGCAAAUGGAGUUGGGAGGGUGACCUAAAUGCAACCAUACAACUACUGUACGAAAAAAAGGUUAACUCCAAGUCAAUGGAAUUGACACUAAGUGGAAAAGAUGUCACACUUUUAUGGCAAGACCAGUUUCCAGAACAUCAGUUUUCUAAAGUGGAAAUUCUUAAGAUCAUUAAAGAUGAAUCAUCUAACAUUCCAAUUGGAAUCCUUCAGAGAUUUAACAAUCUCAAAAAACUUGUACUAAUAUCCAGUUCAUAUGAAGAGAUAUUCUCAUGUGAAAAGGAUGAGAAACAUGUAAGCAUGCUCACACAAAUAAAAGAACUAGAGCUGUCGGGGCUUUUCAAUUUGGAGUACAUGUGGAAAGAAAAAUCUCAUCUGGACUCAAUUCUUCAAAAUCUUGAAAUGUUAGGUGUAUUUUUUUGCCACAAUUUGAUUAGUAUAGUGCCGUCUUCAGGAACUCUUGAAAAUCUCAUAACUCUAAAUGUAUAUUACUGUGAUGGAUUGAUAAACUUAGUAUCAUCUUCAAUAGCCAAAAGUUUGGUGCGACUUGAAGAAUUGAGCUUGUUCCAAUGUAAAAUGAUGGUAGAAGUAGUAUCAAGUGAAGGGGGUACAAAAGCCGAGGAAAUUGUUUUUGACAAAUUAAAGCUGUUGUCACUUCAUAAUUUAAAAAAUCUCACAAGCUUCAGCUCCAGUAAUUACGUCCUCAAAUUUCCAGCUUUGGAAGAAUUGAUAGUUGAGGAAUGCCACAAUAUGAAGACUUUCUUUGAAGGAGUUUUAAGUGUACCAAGUUUACGAAAAGUAAAACAGGAACGGGCUGACAAAUUAGGAUGCUGGGAGGGUGACCUUAAUACUACUAUUCAAUUUCUACACAGAAAAAGUGAAUAUUCAGAGUUCUGGAAGGAUACAGAGCAAACUUCAAUUAAAUCUCUGGAAUAGAGCUCUUUUGAUUGUGGUUUGUGAGGCAUUACUGCGGCCCAAGUUUCCUGUGUUGAGGUCAGAGAUGGGAGGCCUUUUGUUUCCAUCUUUAUUGUUCUGCUUCUGCUUUUUCGUUUUGCCUAUUGUGGUUCUUUGCAUUUAUAAUGUAAUAUGAAUUAUGUGUCUACAUGAAUGAAUGCCUAAAUUAUGAAA